CAUGAUUGCAACUGCAACAGUAAACAAGCUAGCUUUUAACAAAUCACCAAGAAACGAAACUCAAAUUGUGGAAUUUGGCGUCUUUGUCAUUCCUGCAGCAGAAUUUCAGGUACCGUAUGUGCACUGUCAAAGAAAGCAACGGAAAGACCUUGCAUUAGUGGGAAAUAUCGCAGGAGCAUUGGGUGUGAGUGUUGAUUGUGGGUUGCGUUGCCGAGGCUGAAACGAUGAGGAAGGCAAUGCCAAUUUUCGGGAGGUUAUGUUGGUUAGCGGAGAGGAAGAUACGGCUUCCAGCUGUACCGUUAGGGUUGCGGGGAAUGGCUAAGGAUAAUAAAACCUGGGGGGGGGAUGCAUGCGAAAGCGGUGGUGCUGGGAAGGAAAAGCACAUCGAGGUGCUGCUGCCCAUGUUUGGUGUAGCUGGGAAGUAUGCGAGCGCUUUGUACGUAGUCGCAGUGCGAGGAAAAGCAUUGGACACCAUAAAGGCCGACUUAAUGCAAGUCACCGGAGUCGCCGGCAUGCCUGGCACUUUGUUCGCCGAGUUCAUGAAAGACCCAUCGAUAUCCAAAGCAUCCAGGGUAGCGACCGUCGAGGCGGUGUUCAAGGCGACAAACUUUCACGGCGUCACGAAGAAUUUCAUGAAUUUGCUUGCGGAGAAUGGGAGGCUCAACUGGGUACCAAAAAUUUUCAAAUGUUAUAACGAGCUGUUGAAUGCGCACAAAGGAAAGGUAGAGGUGUACGUGACAACGGCGAUGGAGCUCAGUGAAACCGACUUAGAGGAGAUCAAGAAGGCAAUGAAAGGAAAUGUUGAGAAAGGUCAGAAUGUCGAAAUUACGCAGAGAGUCGACAGGAGUAUUAUUGGCGGCAUUGUGGUUGCUAUUGGAGACAAGCACAUCGAUCUUUCCAUUGCAAGAAAAAUCACGCAGAUGGAGAAAGUUCUAGCUCAGGCCAUUUAAGAGAUUCGAUGAACUCUUUCUCUCUGUAUGCAUCCCUGCUUCGAUCUCAUGAAGCUCUCGCUCUCUCUCUAGUCAAGAUCAUUUGUGACGAUAUCGAUGAAUAGUGAAAUUAUUGGUUUCAAAUUCUGGGCCAGUUCAUGGACGGCAGCCACGGUCGUCGCCUUCUGAUCAUGAUAAAUAGUAAGCGCAGUGUACCUCUAAUUUUCAGUCAAAUUCCUCAGCGACAAAAAUUGUAAAUUGACUACAUCAAGUUUAAUUCGCAUGGACCUGGUCGUUUCAGGUAUUCGGUUAACAGUAUCUUUCAGUCUUUCACGGAUGGCAGAGAGCUGGCAACAUGUAUCGGAAUUUUAUUGCCUUGGCUGAACAGCUGGAUAAAUUCUGUAGCGCCAGAGAAUGGUCGUUUCUCUUUCCGUUCUACUGCUAUUUCUUUAAAUUUUUUUGUUAUUUUCCCAUUUUGAACUAUUUGAAAUUCUCAAAAUCUUUAUAUUUUCUGGAUAUUAUUUAUCAACUUUAGUCUCUCCAUCACAUGUGAAAAGUGAGUGUCCUGUGGCUUGUAAUGAUCCUCUUCCAGGUUGUAAUUCAGUCUUUAACUUGGAGAGUAGAGUUCGGUCAGUUGUGAAAUGCCCUGAAAGGUUGGGAUACAGAAAGUUAUUAAAGAGUGAUCUAGCAGGAUUGAGUAGAAUCGGUUAAGAAAAAGGAAAACCAGGAGUGAAAGUUCGACGCAAGCGGGGAGAUGGCCGAAGCUGGUGAAGGACAUGAAGAAUAAUUUGGGAUCACGAGUGUUGAAUGGUGCCUUGGAGAAGGAACCACGCAGGUGGGGUCCUGAUCGGCACCAGCAUGCACAAACUGAAAGUCUUGAAAUGGAAGACAUGAAAAUAAUUUGGAUAUUCAGUGACAUAACGUACUUUUUUCCUAGUUCACAGUAAUAAACAGUUUCGAUCAUUGCAAGAAACUAGUCUGAGAGGGGGAAAAAAAAAAUCCUUCAGCCCAGAUCUGGAAAAGGUAUUUAGGAAGAAUCUUAAGAGAUGCUGAAAGAUAAUACGUAAACAAGAUACAAUUCAAUCACAGAUGUAGUGCUAUAACUGAAUGGACACUGCAUAAUCACGUUGAUGGUAGGGAGCAUUGAUGGAGGCCACAUUAAACAAUAUAUAGUAAAAGUAGACUAUCCAACAAUGGAGGAAGUCGCUGGCACAUUAAAACUUGGACAAGAAAACAUGGAGCGAAUAACGUGGCUGUCCCACAACACGAAACUAGACACAGCAAGGAAUGUCCUGCUUGGAUAUGCUCAUGCGUCCUGAUUCUUCGGCUUUUGUGAACCAACAUGUCAGUUGUAACAGCCUCUCUUGUGCGUUGGUGCUGUUGAAGAUUGGUAAGUGGUGCCAAUGCGCUUAAUUGAAUAUGAAAUUGGGUGCUACAGAGAAUUUGGGUACCUUAGCCAGAUGGCAGAAGCGUGAUUGAGAGGAAAAGGGCUUACCGAUAUGCUUCUCUACAGAUGAAAUGUGCAUCAACACGGAGACUCGGAGCAUUGCAGCGUGUGGACGAGCGACGUAAUCCAAUUAUGGCACUUAUCGGUGCCCCCGCUUCAUGUGAACAGCAUAAAUCUCCCGCUUCUCGUUAUGUUUGCCUCUCAGAUCAGUGGUGCUUGUUCAAGUCAAUUAGAUGGAGUGUGUUGAAUCCUUGGCCGUAUCCAUGCCGCAAUCAGUAAAAGGGAGUCACGCUGUGUUGUGAGCACUGCAGAGCCAGCAUUCGUGAGUCGAUAGUGAUACAUAUAGAUUGCUUGCUUCCUUUUAUUGAUUGUGGUAUAGAUGCGCUUGAGUGAUACCUUGUGUAACCUUGAAACUUGAGUGUCAUUUACCUCUGUCUCUCUCGCUCUCUCUCGCUCUCUCUCGCUGUGUAUGUGUGAGUCUCUACCCCGUCCCAAUUUUCCCCCCGGGGGGUUAUCCCUCUGCAGACAUAUCGAGACCCUGGGGAGAUGCAGCUGCUGGUCCUGGUGCUGAACCAGCAAGUCCCCACCACCGCUCUCUCCUCUCGGCAUCACCAUCACCUGCUUGCUCCUUGGUCUUCACUUCUCCUCUUUGUCUCUCUCACUCACUCUCGCUCUCUCUCCCUAACUCUCUAACUCUCAGUGUGUGUGGGGGUAUGUGUAUCUCUUUCUCUGUGUCUCAUUGUGCAUCCUUUCUACUGAGUAGUUAAUUCCUUUGCGAACGUGCCUCCACAGUUCUCUGUGUGUCUGCCUGCCUUCCUCCUCAUUUCAUUUCCUUUUUCUUGCUUCCUGGUGUCACUAAAGUGCCUCGUACAUUUCCUGACUAUUAUCUACACUAGUAUGUAGUGUUUUAUGACUCGAUUAGCACUAUUCUGUUUAAUUCAUAAUAAUAUUUAAUAUUCCGUUUUGUGCUAACAAAACCUGGAAACAAACAGUUCUUGUUGCAUGAGCCUAAAUUACCUAUGCAUUCCAUUAGCACCACAGAUGCAUGGCAUUGAAGUAGUAAUUUGUCUGAUACAUAGUUUGAAGGAGCACCCUUAGAUUAGAAUUCCUAAAAUACUUCACAAUUCUAAUUCCAGUUAAAUAUUCACACAAUAUUUAUCUUUAGUUGUAACUUUUAUAUUAAAAUACGAUUGAUGCUGUUAGGUAUAUCCAAUCAUUACAAUCAUAGCUGACAUUCCAGCACAGACAAUGCAUAAA